CUUACUAUCGUCUCAGAAACAUCCGCUGACUUCCUAGAAAUUACAUAUCGAACUGCAGGCUCUGCUUUUUCCAGGUCUAGUCGUUGUUGUUCAGUUUGUUCUUACGAUUCGUAAUGUCGUCACCCAUCACCCCAGAAGUCGCGCUUGCGGAACUCCAAGCAACCGCAUUGUCGCAGCGGGCGCACAACGCUCUAUUCCGUCUGAAGCAACUCAAAUCUCUCCACGAUGCGCUGCGUAACAACAGCAAUGCGAUCAGAGAUGCGUUGAAGCAAGACACACAUGUAUCAGACGAAGAGGCAACUACCGAGGUUGCGCUUGCGCUGGAUGUAGUCAAAGAACAUUAUGGUUCGAUCGACGCAGCCAAAGAAUUGGAAGCCGAGUAUAGAAUCACACACGGAAAAGACGCCAGUGAUAAGAGAGAGCCUUGGGGUGUUGCGUAUAUUGAGCCACAAAGAGUUCAUACGCCGUUUUUCUCAGUCAUCGCACCUUUGAGCGCGGCUCUUUCGGCGGGCAACUGUAUUGCACUGAAGCUCGAAAACAACCUUCGCGCACUCCCCUCUUUACUUCGGAAGCUGCUCACCGAAGCCCUCGAAUCAGAUACCUUUGCUGUCAUCUCUUCUGAUCCCUCCUCGGACUCGCUAUCAUCCUGCGUACAAGUCUUCCAAGAGAAGCAAAUUAGUCCACCAACAUACUCGCAACUUGUCUCGCCCCGGAACAAGAUCAUCGCAAUCGUAGACCGUACAGCAGAUCUCGCAUCAGCAGCCGAACAGCUAGUAACAGCACGCUUUGCAUUCGGCGGAACAUCACCGUAUGCACCCGACGUAGUUCUCGUCAACGAGUUCAUCAAGAAAGACUUCUUGGAGCAUGUUUUGAAACACUCACUUCGUUUCCUCGCUGGAUCAAGUGGUAUCUCAAACGGCUCGACAAACGCAAGAGAACAGAAGAAGUCGUCACGAGUAGCAGAGACGUUCCGAGGGCUUACAGAAAGCAAGUCAUGGAAGCUGAACGUCAUAACGCAAGGAGACAAUGGCGCAAUUGUUGAGCUGUCAAACCUUUCUUCCCUACCAGCCAAAUCCCAACAACCCGUCUUCAGCGUAUCAGCCAUCACAUCUCUCGAGCACGCCAUUAGCCUUGUUGAAGAAGACCUAGACCCUCAAGAGAGCCUGCUGGCUGCAUAUCACUUCGGCACCCCGUCGACUGGGAAAUACCUCUCACAAUACGUCAAUGCCGAUACUUCCUUCACAAACAACAUUCCCUUCCGUCUACUUCUUGGUCCGGCAGCUCCAUCUUGCCAGCCCAUCGACGUUGAGAAGCGAUAUAUUGCCCAGCAUUUUACUCGUAUUUCACCCGCAUAUAUCGCAACACCUUCUUCACAGGCGACAUUGUCAAAGGUUCUUUCAGGCAAGGAAUCGAAGAAGGCAGCGACGGAGCUCCUUAGUAAAGCAUCACGAGAGAUAGAGGAGAAGAAGCGCGCUGAGUCGAUUGCAAUUGGAUAUUUUGAACAAGGUAUCUUUAUUGGUUUGGGUGUGUAUGGUAUUCCUAUCUUGACAUGUAUUGGUGCGACGCUCUUUUUCGGCGUAAGGGCGGGCUUGAGGAGAUGGGCGUUUAUCUGAAUUUGCUACUUUUAGUCAAGUCUAAGCAUGCAUGCCGUCCU